AUGGCCGACAUUGCAAGCCUUACAUUGAAUAAAACCGCCUACGCUAACGGGGACUCGCACACGAACGGCGUAAAUAAUGCAAACAAAGAAUGCCAGACCAACGGAGAGCUCCAGGACGCCUUCGUCGACCGCGUAGCAACUUCCGCUAACACACCCGAGCUGGUUCCUGGCUUGGUCGAUCAAGUUGCUUCCCUUGGCAAAGUUGCCAGCCUGCAAGACCACACUGAUCGAACAACGCUUUUGGAAGCCGCUCGAUCCCUGGUCUAUGCACUUGAGACCCCACGUGAGGCUAUGAUCAGAUACUGUUGGUCCCAGUCUACUCUUUAUGCUUCUGUGGAGACAGGCGUUGAUCUGGGACUUUUUGCUAUUUUGUCUAAGGAUGAGAAACCCAAGUCAGCCGCCGAGCUGGCCAAGGCCACAGGUGCUGACCCAGUUCUUCUUGCUCGUAUCCUGAAGCACUUGUGCGCAAUGGGAGUUAUCCUUGAGACCGGGCCUAAUGAAUACCGCCGCACUGGAAUUUCCAUUUCGUUGAGCUCGCAACGAUACAAUGAUGCAUACCCUUGCAUGACUAACUGCAUCACCUCUGGUAUACUUGCUUUACCUGCCCAGCUCAAGAAGGACGGCUAUGCCAACCCAGCUAACGGCAAGGAGUGCGCCUUCCAGCGCGGAUUCCGAACUGAUCUUCACUUCUUCGAGUUCAUGAAAGAGAACCCAGAGGCCGCUAGCCAGUUUAACAACCACAUGUCUGUCUACCACCAAGGACGCCCUAGCUGGAUGGAUGUUGGUUUCUACGACGUGCCCAGCCUGUUUUCCAAUGUCGCACAGGAUGAUGUUCUCCUCGUCGAUGUCGGCGGCAGUAUGGGCCACGAUCUCUCGGAGCUUAGGCGCAAGUGGUCUGAUGCUCCUGGACGCCUGGUGCUCCAGGAUCUUCCCGAGGUGGUCGCUCAAGCUAAGACAGGGCAACUUCACCCCUCGAUCGAGACAAUGGAGCAUGACUUCUUCACUGAGCAGCCUAUUAAGGGUGCUCGCGCUUACUAUAUGCACUCUGUCCUCCACGACUGGACAGAUGAUAACUGCCGCAAGAUCUUGAAGGGUCUCGUGGAUGCCAUGAAGCGCGGACACAGCAAGGUGCUGAUUAACGAGAACGUCAUCCCUGAUACCAACGCAUACUGGGAGACAACCAGUCUGGAUAUUAUCAUGAUGGCUGAUUUCGCUUCCACCGAGCGGACUGAAGCUCACUGGCACCAGCUGGUGGGAUCUGCUGGGUUGAAGAUCACGAAGAUUUGGAGCGCCCAGAAAGGAGUUGAGAGUCUUAUCGAGUGCGAAUUGGCAUAG